UGUGUGUGUUCUCUUAGCCAUAUAUAUUGGGCCAUGUGGACACAGGCGCAGAGUUUUGUAGGAUAGACUUUGUAGUGGCUGCAGGGCUGUUGGCCUCCCUUUCUUCAUUUCUCUGUUAAAGUGAGCCAGCGGGAAUAUAAAGCAGCAUUCAGAUCUCUGAGCUUCUUGUUGGAGGAAACUGAGGAAACUUUUCUUCCUGAGAGUCUUGCUGAGUACCUGACCCCGUAAAAAAAAACAAAAUGAGUGACAUGCUGGACGAGGGCUCUUUCAUGUUCACGUCGGAGUCCGUAGGAGAGGGACAUCCAGACAAGAUCUGUGACCAGAUCAGUGAUGCAGUCCUGGACGCUCACCUGAAGCACGACCCAGAUGCCAAAGUGGCCUGUGAGACGGUGUGUAAGACCGGCAUGGUGUUGCUCUGUGGAGAGAUCACAUCUCGGGCCAACGUGGACUACCAGAAGGUGGUGCGGGACGCCAUCAAACACAUCGGCUACGACAACUCUGACAAAGGUUUCGACUAUAAGACGUGUAAUGUGCUGGUGGCUCUGGAGCAGCAGAGUCCCGACAUUGCUCAGGGGGUCCACCAGGACAGAGAGGAGGAGGACAUUGGAGCGGGAGACCAGGGUCUGAUGUUUGGCUACGCCACAGAUGAGACCGAGGAGUGCAUGCCUCUCACCAUCGUCUUAGCCCACAGACUCAACUCAAAGAUGGCUGAACUCAGACGCGACGGCUCCGUCCCCUGGCUGCGUCCCGACUCUAAAACACAGGUGACGGUACAUUACGACCAGAAAAACGGCGCUGUGAUCCCCAAGAGAGUUCACACCAUCGUGAUCUCCGUCCAGCAUGAUGACUUUGUUACUCUGGAGGAGCAGAAGAAGGUCCUCAAGGAGAAGGUGAUCGACGCCGUGGUUCCUGCUAAAUAUUUGGACGAUAAGACCGUCUACCACCUGCAGCCCAGCGGUCGCUUCGUCAUUGGAGGACCUCAGGGUGAUGCUGGUGUGACAGGCAGGAAGAUCAUUGUAGACACAUACGGAGGUUGGGGCGCUCACGGUGGCGGAGCUUUCUCUGGCAAAGACUUCUCAAAGGUGGACCGCUCCGCUGCCUACGCUGCUCGCUGGGUGGCCAAGUCUCUGGUCAAAGCCAAACUGUGCAGGAGAGUUCUGGUUCAGGUGGCUUAUGCCAUCGGGGUGGCCCAUCCUCUGUCCAUCUCCUUGUUCACCUACGGUUCCUCCCAGAAAUCAGAGUCAGAGCUGCUCCAGAUUGUCAACAAGAACUUUGAUCUGCGGCCAGGAGUCAUUGUCAGGGAACUGAACCUGAAGAGGCCGAUCUACCAGCAGACAGCCUCUUAUGGCCACUUUGGUCGACCGGAGUUUACAUGGGAGGUGCCCAAAAAGCUUGUCUACUAAAUACUCCACCUGCUCGUCCUGGAGGCUGAAUGAAACACCUCUCGUGGGCUACAACUGCCAGCUUUGUCAACUGAUAGGACAUUAUUUAAUAGGUAAAGUUAAUAUAUAUAAAUAAAUCAGCUUUAAAGAGGUGAGAAGAUUAUUAUAUGCACGAGUGGUUGUAGCCAACGAACAUACAAUGGAGAAGAGAGACCAAGCCUUUCCCCCCCGUCCUUAAACAUACAAUUAUUGGUGCUUUAUAAACCUAAUAUGUACAAUCGCUAGUCAAAGAUCUUCCCUGGUAACGUAAAGGAACACCACAGCAAAUAAAAUCCUCUGAAGAUCAAUACUUCUACCCCACUAGAAGCAGUGUUUUACCUCAAAGCUGCAAAUGUUCCUUUACGUGACCAGUAUGAUGUACAGAAACAACCUCAGUGCUUCAUUUACAAAAGGGGACAACAAGUAUUUUGUCAGCUCCUAUCAUGUGAAUAUCAGAAGUGUAAUUAUUGUUCAACCAAAUGCUUGGCUUUUGAAGAAAAUUUAAUCUUUUUGUCAUGACUAAAAUUCAUUUUCUAUGUCUUAUUUUGUAAUGUGUGCUACAGGAAGCUGCUUGCACUGUUACAAUCCCGUCGUACAACAAGACAGGUCAUCAAAACGAGGAGAGAGCUCUCAUCUCUUAAGCAUAUGUUACAAUCAGUAAAAUAGCCAUGCGGUUUUCACACUGCACUUCUUUUCUGUCCUGCUUUCAGCCUCGUGUUUUUUAAAUAUCAAGCUGCUUGGCUGAUUUGUAUCUUUUCAUGUUAUUUUUUUGUUUUACCUAUAGGCCUGCUGCCGUGAAUGAGUCCGUAAUGAAACUCAUCUUAACAAAAAACUUGAAGUCUUAAUCAGUCUCUUCUCUCAAUGCAGUGGAUUACCUAACUGCACGCUGUUGAGACUAAAGCAUUUAGUGCUGAUGUCUUACGAUUGAUGCACGUUUACACUGUUAUAAGCCUAUACUGAUCCAAGUCAAUAUCUGACACAAUACCUUGGUGUAGAUGCAGACCUCCGUCUGUAUCUUCAGAUAUUUAGCUCAUUUCUUACUCAAUGUGAAGUGCUAAGUUUGCUCUGCAGCUCUACAUUACAGACCAAGAUCCAUCUCCAAGGAUUUAGAGGAUAAAAGGAAGUGUUUAUUAAGAUACAUUUCUCAACAGGGCAUUUAGAAAAUUGAAUUUUAAAGUCAGCUUUCGCCAUUGCUUAAUCACAAAGUAUUUAAUCUAAUUAUUUCCUUCUGAUGGGAUUGAGGAAGUGUGAACAGUACUCACCUUAAAACUUCAUGUCUGUAGAGGUUUAGGACUUUGUGGCGAGUGUAACAACCCGUGCUUUCAUUAACAGCCGGCAUUGUUUUCUAUUUAAUGUGUUGAUCUGUUUCAUCUUCUGUCAACUUCGUUGGCCAAGAAACUGGACAAUGUAAAUAAUUAAACAAUAAAGAAAAUUAAAGAUAUA